AUGCUUUUGACAGAUCUCCCGCAAUCUUUCUCCCGGGGAGAUGGACAAACUCCGUUUCACUUGGCGAGAGAGAGAGGGAAAGCCAAAGUCGAGCAGCUCCUCGAAGCCGUGGCUUGGCCGCACGGCCGCAGCUCGGAUUCUCCACCGUUGCAGAUGUUGGUGCCGAGGCCCAGGCCGUUGCGACGUGUGAAGGUGUACCUCAAGGACGCCUUGGAAGUGAACGAGGGUGAGAACAUGCCUGAAGAGAGCAACCAAGGGCCACCAAGUUGGAAUGGUGAUCCAGCCAGCUUCGAACAGUUCGUCCAGAACUGCAGAUGGUACGAGCAAGGGUUGAAGCCCUCAGAGAGACCUAUGGCUGCAAGCCGUGUGUGGCAAAAGCUGACUGGAGCUGCUAAGUCGGUGGUUCGACACCUUGAACCAUCAGGCUUUGACCAGCCCAAUGGCCUGUCUAAGCUCUUAGAGGUGUUACGGCAGUCACCGCUUCAACAGCUACCUGUCCCUGACAGCUUUAGCCGUCUGGAGCGCUGGAGCUCGUUGAGAAGAAGCCCACAGGAAACGAUUCCACAGCUGUUAGUCCGUGAAGAGGAAAGGUUUGUGGAAUUGCAGCAAGCACUACAACGUGCACGAGCUGAACGCACGAAGAUGACCUCAACACAUGUGGGAACUUCUGCCGAAGAACGAGAUCCUCCGUCUUCUCCCUCUAUGUCACCUGGUUUUGGAGUACCUCAAGAUGCCGAAGGCGCUACAAGGACUUCACCGCCUACAGCGACCUAUGUGGAGAACCUCGAGAAGGACUUCUUUGGUGAUGAGCUCAGGGGAUACAGACUCCUGAAGGCUGCCAAGCUGAGCCAACAGGAACGUCAGCACAUACUGACCCUGACGUCGAACUCAACCCGGUUUGUGGAGAUUCGACGAGCUCUUCGAACCCUCUUUGCCGAGGAGACCUCUGAGGAAGCCUUGCAGUCCAGACCCAAGAGAAUGGUUUGGUGGACGUCCCAAGAAUGGGAUGACUGGGACGAUGACGGACAGCAAUGGUCCGAUGAAUGGUGGACAGCUGAUGAGAACGCCUACUGGACAGAUGACUGGAACACUACGGAUGGCGAGGCCUACUUUGAAGACUGGCCUGAUGACUGGAGUUGGACAGAUGGAAGUCCAACGGCGGAGAACUACGAGAAGCAGGACGAUGUGGCAGACCUCGGUUCCAUCCCGGAAAAGGAGGCGUAUGAAGAAGCUUUCGCAAUGUCCCAGGAAGCGGCCAAGACCUUGAGUAAGGCCCGAGAGGCCGUGGCAAAAGUCAGAGCUGCUCGUGGAUACUACGAUGCAGCAGGAAUGAAAGGUGCCAGCAAAGGCAAAGGCAAGAAAGGAAAAUCCAAGGGUAAGCAGACCUUUGGACCUUGUUUCAUUUGCAAGAGCCCCAACCACACGUACCAGCAAUGUCCGGAUCGACACCAAGUCCGGAGCGGAACACCUUCCGGAAGUCCAUCUGGAAGUCCAACGAACAAGGGCUUUGCAAAAGGCAAGGGCAAGAUGAAGGGGAAGAAAGGCAAGUACCCUUCCUACUAUGUGGAUGCGUACUACUUGGACUUGGAGCUCCACGAGGAUGUGGAGAACGAGAUUCAUGUGAUGAGCCUCCAGUCCCACGAUGCAGAGAUGAAUUCCCAGAAUGCUUUCCGGGUGAUUGUGGACACGGGCGCAACAGAAUCUGUCUGUGGCGUGAACAACAUGGCCAGACUUUUGGAUUCCUUCGAUGUGCCCCGCUAUGAUGUUUGUUUCUCAGACCGACCAGUUUUUAGGUUUGGGAACGGACAUACCCAACAGGCGUCAUCAAGAAUUGACGUGGUGACGAAGGCUUUGGAGAUGGUGAGCUUCUAUGUGCUUGACGGCCAGGCGGAGAACACCCCUGCACUUCUUGGCGGCAAAGAACUCUGGAACCGGUUGGCUGUUGUGGCCUACUGUGGUGAGUACUUUGCUCACCGUGAUGUCGAUGGAGCCUGGUGGACGAACACCCUGUACAAGCUACGAGGACGACACGUAGCCAUCGACUUGUCAGAGGAGCCAACAAGACUGGAGACUACCCUGGAUCGGCUGCGGAACCUUCCCCCUCCGGGCGAUGAUGAUGAAGGACCUGGAGAUGAUGACGAUGACCCUGGUGAUCAUCAUGGUCGACGUGUUGCACGUCGUGGUGGUAACCGCAACCGAGGUGCUCUUCCAGCAGGUUUUGGAUUCUCAGUUCAUGGAGUGGUGCGCCAAGCAGCAGUCAAUGCCAGUGGAAGCCUUGAUGGACGUCGAGAUGUUCGAGAUGAUGAUGAUGGAGAUCACCACAUGGGUGAAGCAGCAGAGGAGGCCAGCUUCGGAGACACCGGAGCCACCACAGCUGCAACUAUGCCGAACUACAUCGACCUCGACCUGGACAGCCCGAGCACUACAUGCUUGGAGAUGCCUGGACCUCCACUGGAACCUGCAGUUCUGGUGUCCCAGAGCUGUGCGGCACGUCACCAAGACCUCGUACCUCCCUCUACGGUACAGUGCAGAGUGCCCUGGUGCGGAGGACGCGGAUGCCGUCAUAUGCAGAUGAAGCCCAACUGGGUGAACUCUUCGAGCAGUGCACCUGCAGCAGAACCGGCCGAGAUCGUGGCCACCGUGGAAAAAGUGAUGUCAGCUGACGAGAUGAGUGUUGGAAUCAGCCCCAACUUCAUUGUAGUGUUGAUGGUGUCAAACUAUGGAGAUGAAGUUGGAAGUGACCAGCAUGACGUCACCUUGAAAGACCAGCUGCAGAGUUUGGCUCGAAGACUUGCUGAUCUACAAGAUCGGAUUGAUGGCCCAAAGCAAAGUUCCCGCUCCAGAAGCCGACCCGCGUCAUAUGGGAUGGCCGUGCCUUGGUACCCACCAUCCGGGAAAGGAGCGCUGCAACCAAACUGCUGUGUGGACCACAUGCAAGAAAUGUGGCCUUCGGCUUUCCUAUACAACCAAAGGCCGAGGUCAUGGAGAAUGUCGUUCUUUGGGAGCGCCGCCAGAAAUGGUGCUCGUGGCACAGCAGGAGCUGGAAGCCGUCUAUACCAAGGACAAUAUGAACGAGAAGAUCUUUGCGGGCAAGCUGCUGGAGUUGAAAGGUCGUCAACUUCAGGUGGCCAUAGGAAACGCGAGUCUGAGGGUGGACAUCAGAGCCGACGAGCGCCGUGGAAGACUGCUCAUGGGGCAGACCCAGCAUACCACGGGCUAUACUACAACUGGGACAAGAACACCGGCGCCGGCUACCCCAUCGAGAACUACGAGGAGUGUCUCACCGACUCCGUCCUUUGCACCCCCGGAGCAAACGAUCCCUCCGGUGGACCCAGCAGCAAAAGCCAAGGCCAAGGUGAAGAACAAGCCCCGAGCCAAGUCGGAGCCACCUCUGGAGGAGAGCGUGCAGACCCUGGACUCCGUGGAAGUGGUGAGCGAUGGGUCGAUGGAGGAGGUAGCACCGUCGCAAGCAUCUGGGCUGCCCUGAAUGCUUUGAAGGCAAGGAUGAGAGCAGCAAGUGGCAAUGGGCAGACGGCCGACCGCCACCAAUCCAGUUCAACAACCACUGCGCAACCAACCAACAACUUUCAAAUUACGUGCACUACGUCAACCACGGCAUCAGACACUACGAUGCAGGACAUUUUGUCCGUCAAGAACAUCUCCAAGAGGGAGAUCUUGCCACCUCUGGCGAGGAAAUUGGCCAAAGCAGCUACCUUGACAGCUGCAGUCAUGGGCCCCAUGAAGGAGAUUUUCUCCACCAUCGAGAACCGCUACGACCUGGUGGAAGUUGCAUGUUCACCAACUUCAACUUUGACGGCAACUUUCGAAGCAAAUGGAUAUCAGUGCCUGAGAGUGAACUACACCACCGGCUACAACCUUGACACGAAGGCUGGCACUGAUGCUUUGAAGACCACCUUGUCAAAAGCGCCAACACCCAAACUGGUGUGGGUUAGCCUUCCAUGCACUAGGCUAUCCAGUCUGCAGAACUUGACUGAGAGAACCCCUGAACAGCUGGCAAAGUUCCAAAAGCGACGUGGCCAAGAUCUUCGACGUGCUGAUGAAGUGUCGAGCUCUUUGGACCCUGUGCUACAUGAUGGAGGAGACAUUGGAUGGGAAUGGCCAACCAGAGCAACUGCAGGAUGGAGAUCUGGAGCGAUUGCACGACUGAGACGACUCUGUCGCAAACAUCGCCGGUAUCUCUAUGAGAUCCGAGUUGACGGCUGUGCCUAUGGACUUGAAUGGAAAGGGGAACCUCUCCGAAAACAAUGGACCAUCCUUACCACCUCCAAACAAAUGUGGUUAGAACUAUGCCGACGGUGUCCCGGCGACCAUUCUCAUGCAGAAUGCCGAGGACCAGCUGCUCAGGCGUCGAGUUAUUACCCUGUUCAACUUUGCAAGGGAGUCCUCCGAGCGAUGAGGCAACAGUGGCUUCAUGAUGACUCGAACCUGACCUAUCUCACGGAGAAGCACAUCCUUCAGGUCGAUGAGAACAUGCUGGAGUACCCCGAGCACCUGGAGGAAGAGAAUGUCUUCGCUUUAUCCAGGACCAAGUUGAACCUGGAGAUUGCUCCAACUGGGAAAAAGUUGGAAGCUGUCAAGCAGCUGAUGAUGAGAGUUCACCGAGCCUCAGGACACAGUGGUUUCUCCAACUUGCAAGCCCUCCUGAAAGCUCGUGGCUCACCAGAUUGGGCAAUAGCCCUGGCCGGAACUUUGGAAUGUCCAGAGUGUCGCGAAGCUGCCAGACCGAAGCCUUCACCGCCAGCCUCAACAGGUGAAGAGCCACAACUGUUCGAGAUCCUUGGCAGUGAUGCUUUCGAAUAUGAAGCCCUGGACAAGAAGUACUUUGGCCUACUCUGGAGAGAUCGAGCCAGUGGACUCACCAUGAUAGACAUGAUGCAAGAGACAGAGCUUGGCGAAAGAUGGUCUCCCAGCAGCCAGGACGUGAUCAGAUCUUUUCUGAAGUGGAUGUCUCGACAUCCAGCCCCCCGCUGGGUGGUGACUGACCCGGCUACAUACUACACCGGUAUCGAGUUCAUGGAGUUCCUUGCGAGAUCUGGUGUGGGGCUGACUUGCGUCCCAGCUGAAGCGCACUACUUGAUGGGUGCUGAGGAGUCUGCGAUUGGCAUCGCCAAGAGGACUGUUGAGAAGCUGCAGAAAGAGGAUGGACGAUGGAGCAUCCCUAUGCUGUUUGACAUGGUGACCCAUGCCAUGAAAACUCACAUUGGGUCAAGUGGCUUUUCAGCCUAUCAGUGGAUCUACGGCAAGGACCAUCACUCUGAAUCCCUGCCUGAUGGACUCGAUGCAGCAAAGGCUUUCAGUGGACUUUUGAAAGCUCGUGAACGAGCCAAAAUCGAGUUUGAGAAGGAGAAGGCCCGGGACAAGUUUUCCAAAUUGGCCAACUCUACAGGUCGACCACCAGGUGCCUUCAAGACUGGCCAGCUAGUCAUGCUAUGGCGUCAGAAGAUCCGUCCUGGAAAAGUCAAAGGCGGAUGGACUGGUCCUUUGAGGAUCGUGCUGGUCGAAGGUAGCACGAUGUGGUUAGCUACCGGCUCUUCACUGAUUCGAGCCAAGAACAACCAAAUCCGUCCAGUGACCCGAAGAGAAGAACUCACAGCAUCUCUGGAGGGAACAGCAAUCUACAGGAUGCCGGUCACGACGGAGUCUCUCAUGCGAGCCUUUCAGGGUCGAUUCUACAUGGAUGUCAGUGGCGAUGUGCCAAGCCCUGCUCGUGUUGAGGGAGACCUCUCUCAAACUGAUGUUCAAGUUCCAGCCGCUGCAGAUGGGCCAAGAUAUGACACUUGGGCCGUGCGAGAAGAGAACGGCGUGAAAUCUCUGGUGAGGAUUCACAACCUCCCCAGACUUGCCUUGUUUUCACCAUACAGGUUGACUACCUGUCCCAUUUCCAUGGACGAGCUCACUGGAAAGCGUGUGACAGUACUACGUCCUGUUGGAGGUGGAGAUGAAGUUCGCAUAGAGGACGACAUCUCAGUCCAAAAGAGUCUGUUGGACCGAUGGGUCGGAGAAACCUUGAUGGAGAUGAAGAGUGUGGAGAGACCUGCAAAGGUCCGGAAGAAUGUCCCAAAGACAGGCCAGAAAAGGCGCUCGGAACAAGAAGCCAAAGAUCUACAAGAUGAAAUUGAGGCUGACCUGACUGAUGCGCCUGGAAGAAAACUUCGAGAUGAAGGACAACCUGAUGCUUCUGGACAAGACCGAGAAGCUCUUCCUGAAGUACCUGGAGAAGCCAUCCCACCAUCAACAUUGAACGAGACACUUCAACGACAUGGCAGCAACGUCUUGGAUGGACUACCUGUACAAGUACAAGGAGCCUCUGGAUCCAACCAAUGCGCUGUGCCUACAUGUCAACUCCCUGGAGGCCACUACGGACCACACGAGAAUGACGAGGGCAAGUUUCUGUACGACCCCUACGACGGCAAGAAGAUGAUCGUGGAGGAGGCCGACAAGGAGGAGAGUGUUGAUGGAGAUGAUGGAAAAUCUACAACGCCUACUUUGUCUUCAAGCUCAUCCGAAGAACUACUUCCUGAUGACCAAGGACAACCUGCUGCUGCUCAACUCUUUGCGGAGGACUUCAACGAGGAGUUUGCCUAUGCCCUGGAGCUGGACGUCACCAUGGACGACUUUGCCUACCUGGCCAAGAACCCUCGGAGGAGAAAAGCAACAUGCUGGUUGAGUCGUAAGAUGAGUGAGAAAGGGCGUGAAGCCUCCUGGAACCAACUCUCUUUGGAGGACAAGCAGAAGUUCGACAUGGCAAUGGCCAAGGAACUGAACCAGGUAGCAACUUCGAGAGCUUUGAGGAAUCUGACCAAACAGGAACUCAAGGACUUGGACGUGAACAAGGCUAUGCAGAUGAGAUGGGUCCUCACAUGGAAGAAGGCCCCAAAUGAAAAUGAAGAAGCAACGGCAAAAGCCAGGUUAGUGGUGCUGGGAUAUCAGGCGCACAACUUGACGUCUGUGGAAACAGCCAGCCCCACAAUGUCCAAGGCUGGGAGAAAUCUACUUCUCACAGUUGCUGCUGCACUACAACUGCGACUAUACAGCGGUGAUGUGUCUUCAGCCUUCUUGCAGGCUGAUGGGUCCUUGGAAGAUGAACAACUUGUGGUUUGGGCACCUCCUGAACUUGCAGUUUACUUCGGUGCCGAUCCCCGUGGCCCAAGAGCACUUCGCGUGUUGAAAGCUUUUUACGGGCUAGGACAUGCCCCAAGGCAAUGGUUUGAGUCAGUUGCAGCAACCAUGGUAAAAUCUGGUUGGACACAACUCAAAGGAGAUAGAUGUCUCUUUGUUCUGCUGGAGAAGUCGGAGGAGCUGAAGGGCAAUCAACGGAUCUGCGGUGUCGCAGGAAUUCACGUUGACGACUUUCUCAUAGCAGGCCGAGAAGGUUCAGCCACAUAUGCCAAUGCGGAGAAGUUCCUGAGAGAAAAGUUUCGUUUUGGAAAGUGGGAAAGUGCUCUGCAAGGCUUCGAGUUUGCAGGAUGCCAGGUGAUCCAGAAGAAGAACUAUGAAAUCACACUGGACCAAGAGCACUACGUGAACCAAUGGGUUGAAGAAAUAGAAGUAGACCCAAAACGCAAUCCCACUGCAGAGCUCACCAAGCACGAGAUCAGCCUGAUCCGAGGUGCACUUGGCACCACGAGCUGGCGUGCAACUCAAUCUGCUCCCCAGUUCCUUGCGGACACAUCCCUCUUGUUGUCCGAAGUGAAUCGAGGAUCAGUUGCCACCAUGCACAAGGUGAACAAGCUGGUUCGGGAGAUGAAACGAACAGCUGGACAAAAGCUGAUCUUUCCUGCGUGGAACAUUGACCUGGACGAACUGAGCGUGAUCACAUGGGCUGACGCCUCCAACCACAACCGACCUGACCGAUCGAGUUCGAUUGGAAUUGUCACUGGCGUAGCUCCUCGCUACAUCAUGGACGGUCAAGAGGCGCAAGUGGCUAUUGUUCAGUGGAAGAGCGGGAAGACUCCCCGUCAAUGUCUAGGAUCAAAUGGAGCUGAAGUGCAAGCAAUCACCAUUGGAGAGGAUCAGAACUUUCAGAUCCGAGGACUCCUCUACGAGCUCAAGGGCAACCAGUUGGAUCGAGCCCAAUUGCAUCAACAGAUUGCAACAGUGCCUGGAGCCCUGAUCAUGGACUCACGUGGAGUAUUCGACGCGGCCACUCGCAACCUGUCCGCGCUCCACGGGCUUCGAGAAAGCCGGGCUGGGUAUGAACUUACCUUGUCGAUCCUUCAAGCUCGAAAAGCUCAGACCUCGCUGAGAUGGGUUUGUGGGUUAGCACAGCUUGCUGACUCCUUGACGAAGUUUGGUGAUAGAAAAUGUUUCUUGCAGUUCCUCGCGCAGAAGCAGACCUGGAAGCUGGUAGAUGACCCUAGCUUCACAGCAGGCCGAAAAGUGAGCAAACGAGCUUUCGAACGGAAACUCCAAGAAGAUGAACAAUUCUUCAUCAACGAAGUGAAGAAGAUGGCCGAGAAGAACCGAUGGCCGUGGGACGAGAAACUGGAGAUGAAGGCCAGUGAGGACCUCGAGUCCAAUGAGACUGGGGAAGAGUCGGAGUCGGGUUUGAUCGCUUCCAAUAUUCGCAUGUUCAAGAGGAACCCUCAGCUGAUGAAGGUUUUAUUCUUGGCAGGAUUCCAGCAAGGAAACUGUAAUUUGGCGGCAACCUUUGUGUUCUCCAACUUGAGAGUCCAGUACUGGGGUGAGCAAAUGUCGGAGUACCAAUCCAUCGCGAGCAUUUUGAUCAGUGCUGUGGCUGUGAUCUUCGGUGGGCCCUUUGGCAGGUUUAGUGAUGCCGUAGAUCGCCGAAUAGCGGUGGGGCUCUUUGCGGCUGGCACCUUCUUACCUGGGUGGACCUUGCAGAUUUUUGGUGAGACCGCCAGUGGACUGUGGCUCAGCACGGUAGCUCAGAUCAUUGGCUCCUUCGGACUCACCAGCAACGUGAUGUUUACGAUGGCCACUGACGUGACCAAUAGCGCGGACCGGGAAUUGAUGGCGGGUGCUUUCUUCGCCUUCAAUUGCCUCAUGAAUGUGGUAUGCAUUUCGAUCCCCGUGUUGUUGAUCAUGGUGUUCAAAGUCAUUGAGAACAAUCCGGACCUCAUCAUCUGCGUCCAAACCUUGGGCUCUGUGGUGUUCUUUCUCAUUCUCUGUACUGUGAAGGCGGAGAAGGAAAAGGAGGACCACCAUGACAACGAGAUGUGGUUCGCCGAGAACGGCAGCGAGAACGGAGACGUUUCGGAAAGUGAACCUCCGGCGAGGCAAGACUUCCGGCAUGGGAUCACCGGACUCCUGAGAGGCCUGGUACAGCCAUUCUUUUUGGCUUUUGGGCAUCGACGCUUGCGACGGCUCUGCCUCUGCGCUUUCUUGCUGGCCUUUGGUGGAAAUUUGGUGUCCGACAUCGGCGGACAAUUCUUCAAUCAAUCCCUGGGCCUCUUCGAACAUCCGGAUCCUGCGAAAGUUGUGAUGGUGAGCGUCUAUUCCAUGCUUCCAGGACAGAUCAUGGCGAUCCCAGGCAAUUUGAUCACUGGGUAUGUUGCCAAACAGGCUGGGCCCUUGAAGCUCUUGCGGACGCUGAUCCCCUUUGCAGCACUGCUGAUUGCAGCGGGCGCUUUGAUGGCAGUGGUCAAGCAGAUGUGGUACAUUGCUGUAGUGGUGAUUUGCCUCACUUAUGCCAACAUGCCCAAUGUGCCUCUGCAGCGUAUGGUGGCCGGGGGCGUCGGAGAUCCCAGCAUAAGAACUCAUCUUGGUCCGUUUGAUCCGCUCAUCAUGGCCUUGAAAGUGCUGUUGGGAUUGAUGGCCCUGAGCUCUGCUGAUGCUGGUGUCACUGGCGCCCUUCCGAACGUGACUGCGACCAAGGAGAUGAAACCCAUGGAAACUGGUAACUUCCUCCACUGUCCCUGUGGCAUCGACUGUCAAACGGACUUGGGCAAAGAGAACGGCUUCCAACUUCAACAGAGCUGCAGCUGCAGCUCCUGCGCCCUGCGCGGAACACGGCCGGCACUGCCGGCAGCGUCAGAUGCUGCCGGCAACGUGAGCGCCGCGGAGUUACUGGCGAUGAUGGCGGGGGAACAGGAGUGGGAUGCAGCUUCCGUGCCCGGAGACAGUCAGCUGCUUUUCUGCCGCUGCGGCGUCCUGGACGGAGCGGCCUGUCGUAGCUGCAGCACCAAGGAGACAUUGAGGAGUUCCAGCCGUCACGGGUUGACGUGCCCCUGUGGCGCCCGCUGCCUGCGUCGUCUGCAGUGGUUCGGAGGGAACGGCUGGUGCGUGAAGCGAGUAGGUUUGCCAUUGGCCCCUGCCAAGCACGAAGUCUGGCAGGAGCAGUAUAGGGCGCAACAGAAAAGCUGA